AUGUGGGCGUCCGCCAAGUCGCUGCGUUGCGCCACCGCACAUUCCACCGCGCGCCGGCUCUUCCACAGCGAAGUGCAGCACAAGGCGCUGCUGCAGUCGACUGGCUUUAUCAAUGGCCAAUGGGUCGAAGCGCACGCGCACGAGCGCUUUGCCGUGACGGACCCAUCGACCGACACAGCGAUUGCGCACGUCGCAUCAAUGGGUCGCCUCGAGACGCGCGAGGCCGUCGCCGCUGCGUGUGCCGCGCAGAAAGAGUGGCGCCGGACCACACCGGCGUUUCGCUCGGCGCUGCUCCAGAAGUGGUACGCUGCGAUCGGUUCACACGCGGACGACUUGGCGCUCAUUGCGUCACUCGAGAGCGGCAAACCGCUGCUGGAAGCCAGGGGCGAAGUCGCCUACGCGGCGGGUUUUAUCGACUUUUACGCGCACGAGAUCAUGCGCGCGAGCGGCUUUUUGCCGUCUCCGUCCGCGCGCGACCACAAGAUCAUGGCCUGCAAAGAGCCCGUCGGUGUCUGUGGGAUUCUGACGCCCUGGAAUUUUCCACUGGCGAUGGUCACGCGCAAACUCGGUCCGUGUCUCGCGGCGGGGUGCACAGUAGUCGUCAAACCAGCUGCUGAGACGCCGCUGUCGGCGCUGGCGCUGGCGAAACUUGCCGAAGACGUUGGCCUGCCGCCGGGUGUGCUGAAUGUUGUGCCGGCUGCACAUGACAAGUCGGCAGAGAUUGGCGAGACGUUGACCAGCAGUCAGGAUGUCCGGAAGAUCUCGUUCACAGGCUCGACGCGCGUCGGGAGGCUGUUGAUGGAGCAGUCGGCCAAGACGGUGAAGCGCUUGUCGCUCGAACUAGGAGGCAACGCUCCGUUCAUUGUGUUUGAAGAUGCUGACGUGGACAAGGCACUGGACGGCUUGAUAGCCUCCAAGUUUCGCAACACGGGCCAAACGUGUGUGUGUAGUAACCGCGUCUUUGUCCACGAGAGCAUUUACGACGAGUUUGCAGCCAAGUUGGUGGAACGUGUGAAGCAGCUCAAGAUGGGUCCGCCUCGUCAAGAGGGUGUGAAACUUGGUCCACUGAUAGGCCAUAGUGCUUUAUUGAAGACGUCGGAGCUUGUGGAGGAUGCAGUCAAGAACGGUGCAAUGGCUCUUGUUGGUGGCAAGCGAAGCGACCUUGGACGCAAUUUCUACGAGGCUACUGUGUUGGCCAACGUGGACGACACAAUGCGUGUAUGGAGUGAAGAGAUUUUCGGACCUAUCGUGCCGCUGUUUCGAUUCUCGUCGGAAGAAGAGGUGAUUGAAAUGGCAAAUGGAUCAGAAGCUGGUCUUGCUGGGUACUUUUUCUCACAGAAUCUGUCACGCACGUGGCGCGUUGCAUCUGCGUUGGAGUGCGGCAUGGUCGGUGUAAACACGGGUGCGAUCUCAAAUGUACAGGCUCCGUUUGGUGGUGUGAAGCAGUCCGGGCUAGGGCGUGAAGGCUCAUCGAUGGGUCUUGAAGAGUACCAAGAAACGAAGAUGAUCUGCGUGGGUGGACUGGAGAUAUGA